CCGCCCCUCAACUGCAGCUUGCAAACUUCUCUCGGUAUCAUUUCUGAAAGCUCUGAUUUGAACCACAUCAACAACUUCCACACACUCCAAGAGUAAACUCGGUUUUAUCACUUAUCAGAAAAAAAGAUGGCAGAUAAACUGGAGCCUAAAAGGUUUGAAGAUGACUCUUUGUCGGAAUGGACUUCGAUUGGCCAAGGUGGCUUUGGCAACGUGUACAAGGCCAGGCAUCAGAAAAUGGGACACUAUGUGGCAAUUAAGCUCCUUAAUGAUGUCAGCGUGGAGAAGUCACUGUUGCAGGAGGCUAAAUUUCAAAAGGUGUUCUCCUGUCAAAAUGUCCUGAGGAUUUAUGGCAUGUAUGAGGGAACCCCACCAACUGAACAAAUCAGGCAAAAAGGAAUGGUCAUGGAGUUCAUGAAAAGAGGAUCUAUAAAGACUCUUUGCGGAAAGUUGUCAGGUCCUCCACCGUUUGCACUAACCUGCCGUUUGAUCCAGGAAGUGGCUUUAGGAAUGAAUUUCCUUCACUCCGAGGGUUUCCUGCACCGAGAUUUAAAACCAGAGAAUGUAAUGCUGUCUGAUGAACUUCAUGCAAAGCUGGCAGAUUUUGGUCUGUGUGCUGUGUCAAUCACCUAUAGCCCCAACAAUCAAGAAGAAACAGAGAAUGCAGGCACACUGAAGUACAUGCCACCUGAAGCUUUUGAUAAUUUAAACUACAAACCUGCUCGUUCUUUCGAUGUGUAUAGCUUCGGUAUAUUUCUCUGGGCCAUUCUUUCUGGAGAAGAACCUUAUCCAGGUGCUGGUUCAGUUCAAGUGCGAAAAUGUGUCAAAAAAGGUCAGAGACCCACUCUUGAGGACUUAAAGAAGGAUACAGCAGGAAUGAAAGAUCUCCUCGAUCUAAUGCAGAAGUGCUGGGAAGGUGAUCCAUCAAAAAGGCCAACGUUUAAAGACAUAAUUUCCCCGACUGAGAACGUGUACUUGAAGCAUGAACACAAAAUACAUGACGAGGUCUACAUGGUUUUAAAGAAGCUGGACGGCAUCACCUGUGAGCCUCCGAAACAUUCAAAUGAUACUGUAGAUCACCCUGCACCUCCAUCACAGCGUGAUCUGACAGAUGAUGCAAAAGCCAACUUUGUUGACAGCAAGAUGACAGAUUUACUACAAAAAACCACCAAGAUAAUGUUAAUCGUCAAAGAGCUUGGAGACAUGGUCCACAGAGAGGCCUACGCAGAAAUUGAAGAACAAAACACAAGCUACAAGAAGAUGAUCGAGUUCUGGGAUGGACCCCUACAUUCAGGAGGAACACCGGUCAAAGCAGCGUUUUAUGACACCCUUAAAAAGCAUGAGCCAGAGCUGCUGAUGAACCUUUGCUCUUCUUAAGCACAUGUGUAUUUGUUAUUUAAAAGUUCUUCAAAGUUUUCACAAUAUUCCUUUUUCCCCCCUCAGAUGGUUUAAUCCACUAAGGCUGCGAAUGUUCUGGAUUUUAUAGAAACAUUGUCACAGUUUUCAAACCUCCUCAAAAUUCUUUCAAUAAAACAUGAAAUAAAAAAUUGUCAAAUACCUAUUAACUUACAACAAUGUAUAGAAAGGUGUUUCAUUUACUGUAAAAAUAAUACACAUGAAAAGUAUUGAGUUUACUAUACUUUUUACUCUGUAACUGUAACAAGCUGUUACAAAGUCUUACAAUCUAGACUUCCAGAAUAUUUUAUGAGACAGAUAUGGUAACCAGUAAUUCAGAAAAAAUCACUGCUGUAUCAUGAAAAUGUAUGCUUUUAUGUUGAAUCAUUUGUUAUUUAGUGGGGAUCUGCCUUUGUUUAAAUUAUUUUAAAUUAAAAUAAGACUGUGUGUCUGUUUGUUUUUUAAACAGACUUGGUUGGUGUGAUUGCAGUCUUUCUGGUUUGAGGGUGUGUUGUCAUGUUUUUCUUGUCUGUUACUGUUAAAAGUGUGAUUUCCAUCUGAUUGUAUUCACUAGAAUGUAUUCACAUUGCACGAACAAGGUUAUUUAACAAAAUUCUACUGGAGUAUUGUGUCAAUUGACCUGUCAGAUACUCUAUAAUAACAGAAGUAGAAUAUAGAUUUGUUCUAAAUAUUUGUGGAGUCCCUUCACUAAACACAGUAUGUGUAUGUCACACACUGUUUCCCCUAUGCAUUCACACAAAUGUAAAGUAAAAACAAAGAUGGCACUAUAGAACAAUGAAAAGAACUAUUGUACAACAAUUUCCUGGUCAGACAUUUGAUUUCCCAUGUUACUUUACAAUUUUAAUCAUGUCUUGUGUUACAUAAGUUUUGCCAGUUGUAGAUCUAAUAUAAACACCAUCAUUUUGGUCUCUAAAAAAACUUUUUUUAUUUUGGAUACAAAAAGACUUACACCUAAAACCACAAGUCAGAAUUCAAUUUGAAGAUAAAAAUGUUGUGAAGGGGUUUUUGUUGAAGCUUGCCAUGACUUGCCUGGUUAUUCCUGUUGUCUUACCACUUUGGAUAAAGUUCAAAUAACAACUUCA